GAGCUCCUGGACGUUGGAAACAUGCUCACUCAGGUCAUCGUCUUCCUAGGUGUUGCAGCGGUAGCUUUCGGCGGUUAUGCUGGAGGACACCAUGGUGGAUCGAGCAGAACAUACAGAAAGCAAGAUGACUACGGACACUACCGAUUUGGCUACGACAUCGUCAAUGGCUACGGGGCUGUCAACGGCCGCCACGAAGCCGGACACGCGUACGGCCCCGUGCAUGGUUCCUACUACCUGGGCGACAUUGACGGCCGCCACCGGCAGGUGCACUACGUGGCCGACAAGCUCGGCUUCCGCGCUGUUGUCAAGACCAACGAGCCCGGAACUAAGACCAGCCUACCCGCUGCAGCACCCUACAUAACUGCCCACGGAAAAAGUGUCCCUGCCUACGGACAUGGCGGAUAUGGCGGAUACGGCGGUUUUGGAUACGGUGGUCAUGGCUACGGCGGUUACGGAUACGGUGGCUAUGGAUACGGUGGCUAUGGAUACGGUGGACACGGAUACUACGGUUAAAUUAUUUUCUUGAAAAACAAAGCAAUUUACAAGCGAAGAAGCUGGGAGUUUUCAACUGUUCCCCGCAUGCCGCUGGCUCUACUUUGGAACGCCCCAAUGCUACCCAAAGUACAAUAAAUGAUUUAAACACGAA